AUGCAUACUACAGCAUGGUUGCAAUCUUUCGAUGCCUAUGCAAUCGCCAUCCAGGGCAAUUUGGUCAUCACCACGCCCAACAUGGACUUCGUUCCUCAGUUCCACCAUUUCGAGGAAGAAAACGUACAAGCAUGUGCCGAUGGGCAUUUCGGUGUCGUCGACUGCUUUCAAUGGCCUCAAGCCUAUGACAACAUCUUUUGCAAUUCUGUCUGUAUUCCCCAUAAGGAGGUCUACCCAUUCCCGCACCCGCUUCACUGGGCAUGGUUCACCCCCGAGCAAAAGGACUUCAAGGCCAUUCCAGGCAACUCAUUUCCUGUAGGCACACUAGCUUCUGACAAGGCCGAAGGAUUGGAGUUGCUCCUGAAAAUGGCAGACAAGCGUGUCCAGGACUGGAGGGCCAAUCGACAAGGCAAGAACAACAUCAUCGUCAAUCGCGUUGCAUCUCUUCAACACUGUAUCUCACAGCUCAAAAAACAUCCCCUAACCUUUUGUGAUCUCCUCAUCUUUGUCACCGAUGCCCAACACCUAUUCCUUGAAAUCCACUCCUUUAUGGAUUGGGUUCUCAUUGCCCAACCUCGCAUCUCCUCCGGCAUUGGAGCUAACCCUGUCAAUUCAGCCUGGAUGGGUGCUUUUACACACGACAGUGACAUGUGCAACAAGCUCCACAUGGCUGGCAUCCCCGUCUGGUAUGUCCUACAAUGCAUGAGGGUGAUGAAACCUGUAUUAAUCACACAUCUAGAUGACAUCGUCAUCUUGAUGUACGCAGAGGGCAACAAAAUCCGCGCUUACAACAUCAUCUAUCAUGGUCAAGGUGGCCACCAGCGUCAACUUCACGUUUGCCGCCUAUACGGUGGCACAACUUUCAAAAAUCCUGAUGAGCUGGUUGCUUUAUCUGCUUCAACAAGCAGUUUCUCUGUGCCCAGUUCUUCUACUGCUGCGCCAUGCUCUCAGCCAUCCGCUGCUGGAAAGGCCCCUCAAAAAAGUCAGAAAAAGCAUAGGCGACAACCUUAUGCAAGAGAGGCUUGGCCCACCCAACCGUCCCGUUCAGGUGAAUCCAGGGACAAGUGGAAAGACCUGGAAAGCCCAUAUCUUCCGCCAUCUAUCUUACAUUGGGAUGAUGCCCUCAAAACUUGCACAAAGGAUCCGUCUUGUGUGCAUAUGCCCUAUGCGAUUGAUCAGGGAUACAGAUUCCCCAAACCCGCUCUUCUCCUCGGUCCCAAGCUGCCGGAGCACCUGCAAGGUUAUAUUGCCACCUGGCUUGCUUGUCGUCCGUUAUGGAUUGGCCAAGUCGAUCACGACCCACCACACAAUUACCCUUCACCACAGCUCUGGCGCGACUUCCUCGGCAGCGGAUUGACAACCCAAUCACAAGGUGCUGCACCCAAAGGCAAAGAUCCCGAAAAGAAGGGUCUUAUGGCAGCGGAGAAGCGAAAGGCGGUGAUGAGGGACUUAUUUGGUGACGAUGUGUUGGAGACUCACGGAGAUUUGUUUGCACCAGAAGGAUUGGUGGAAUUUCGCAGUGAACAAGUGUCGGUUGCCAGUCUCGCUAACCCUCCAUGCCAUCUCACCCAAAGGAUCACAUGGGAGUUAUAUGAGCUCGGUUUCUGUUAUGAACUGAGGGAUCUCAAUUGCCACUUAGUCGAUAAACGUUGGGCAGAAGAUCCGACCAGUCGUGAGCAACUCCUUCAUUCCAUAUUUCCGGGCGAGGCUGGUUUGGUCAUGUGGUCAGAGCCAUUUCCGGGGGAUAACUAUGGCAUGUGGAAUAACACCUUAAUUGGUGUUCUGCCUUACCUGGAAAAAUUCCGGGAACUCCUCUGUGCUUGGAAUGACGUCCCGCCACUUCUGGUUGUGCCUCUGACCCCAGAAAACUUCACUAAUACCAAGUGUUGGGAAGUCAUGCAUGCUGCAACCGCCUUUUAUGUGCAGACAUUCUUUCGUCAUUUUGGCAGGCCUCCCAUCAUUCCUCAUUCCCUCCCUGUGUAA